AUGGAUAGAAAGGUUGUUCGAAGUGGAAUAUUUUUGGGAUUUUUAUUUGCUUUAUUUGUUGGUCAUCGUAUAGAGGGGAGAAAACUGGUGGCCCUAGAGUCAAAUAGCGGCAAUCCUGUUGAACAAAUAAAGAAACCCGAAUGGUUCCUUGAUGAUCAACCAGGAUUUAAUGGUGGUGGUGGUGGUGGUUGGGGUGGAGGAGGAGGUGGUGGCGGCUCUUUUAGUUUUGGUAUUGGAAACGGGCAAGGUUUUACUAUUGGGAGUGAUGUUAAAACAGUUGAAAAACCAGAUUGUGUUGGAAAAGAAAAAGGUGGUAAAGGUAAGAAGCAUGGUAAGAAAGAGAAGAGCCACCGUGGCCACAUUGGCAAUGGUGGUGGCAUUGGUAAGGGAAUUGGAUCCGGUGGCAGUGGUGGAAAAGAGAAAGGUGGAAUUGGAAAAGGAGUUGGAAGUGGUGGUGGAGGGGGUGCUAGUGGAGGAAUAGGAAAGGGCGAUGGAGGAGGUGUUGGUGGAGGAAUAGGGAAGGGCGAUGGAGGUGGACUUGGUGGAGGUUCUGGUGGUGGAGGGAUAGGAAAAGGAGGUGGUGAUGCAGGUGGAAUUGGAGGAGGUUCCGGUGGUGUAGUAGGAGGUGGUGGCGCAGUAGGAGGUGGUGGUGGCAGUGCAGGAGAUGCUGGAAAAGGAGUAGGAGGGGGUAUCGGGGGCGGCGCAGGAGGUGGUGGUGGUGGAGUCGGAGGGGGUAGUGGUGUUGGUGGGGGAAUAGGAGGGGGUGGUGAAGCUAGUGGAGGAAUAGGAAGUGGUGGAGCAGGUGGAGGAAUAGGAAGUGGUGGAGCGGGUGGAGGAAUAGGAAGUGGAGGAGGAAUGGGUGGUGGAUCUGGCGGAGGAAUUGGAGGUGGUUUUGGAAGUGGUGGUGGGGUAGGUGGCGGUGGUGGUGCUGGAGGGGGUAUGGGAGGCGGUUUUGGGAAAGGAGUUGGUGGAGGAUUCGGUGGUGGGGCAGGCGGAGGAUUUGGUGGAAGUAAUGGUGGAGGGUUUGGUGGGGGAGGUGGAGGUGGAUUUGGAGGCGGGGUUGGUGGGAAUGGAGGUAUAGGCGGUGGAGGAGGAAUGGGAGGUGGAGGAGGCUUUGGUGGAGGUAUUGGUAAAGGAAUUGGAGGUGGAUUUGGUGGUGGUAGCGGUGGUGGAGUAGGUGGUGGAGAUGAAGGUGAAAUUGGUGUCUAG